UUUCGCAAUGCAGUGGCUGUGGUGUCUUGUGGUGGUGUGUACCUUCGGCCGGUUGGCCCACGGCCAAGACCUGCACCAGGAUAUUCCGGUCGAGGUACCGGAAGUCGACUAUGGAAACUUUGCUACCGCCUGCUCGGUACGGUUGACUGGAGAUCUUCCCCGGCCCCAACCACUGAUCCUGAUCCCUGGAUCGGACCAGUUCCGCUACCCCAGCUCGAACGGCGGCGUGCUACAGCUUAAUGCUGGCGAAACGUUGGAACUGGCUUGCCAGCAAGGAUUCCAACUGUUUCCGGGCAAAAGCUCGAUCACGGUGGCGUGUGUCAUCAACGAUCAGUUCAACUACGACAGUCAGAUGUACGCGUUCCGCAACUUUGCCUGCACGGAUAACUGGUUCAGCACCGCGCGCCGGACCGCUCAGCGAUGCUUCAACUCAGCCACGAUGGUUGAGAUUGGCUUCCAGGUUGGCUCCCGGUUCGCCAAGUUUCUGGACGUGUGCCACGACGAAGUAACACUGGACAACCAUUACGUGGUGCACGAGUUUACGCCCGCGAAUGCCGGCUUCCAGACCGGUGUUCCUCGGCCCGGCUGGUACCAAGGAUCGUUCUACACCGGCAUCAACAUCAACGGACUGUACACGGUCAACACGCAACGUGCGACGCUAGCCACCAUCCUUAACUCGCAAGCCCGAGCCAAUGAGCUCGUUCAGGGCACGGACAACGGGCUCUUUAUGGCCCGCGGACAUAUUGCGGCCCGGGCGGACUUUAUCUACGGCACCCAGCAGAACGGAACGUUCUGGUUCCUGAAUGCUGCCCCGCAGUGGCAAAACUUUAACGCCGGAAACUGGGAACGGAUCGAGUCCGCUGCGAAAACUUUUGUGGCCAACCGCAACAUCCGGGUGCGCGUGUACGGUGGAACCUACGGAGUGCAGACCAUCGCCAACGGAAACGGCGAUCAUCGGCAGAUCUUCCUUGACUUUGACGCCAACGGUAGGACGAGGGUGCGCGCUCCGAUGGUGUACUACAAGAUCCUGCACAAUGAAGCCGCCAAUUCGGGCAUCGUCCUGAUCGGAGUGAACAACGUGCAUAUAUCGCUGGCGGAGAUCCGACGGGAUUACAUUUUCUGCACGGACGUUAGCUCGCGGAUCGGGUGGAUCAACUGGGAGCGCGAGAAUGUUGCCCUCGGGUACUCGUAUGCGUGCGAGGUGAACGAGUUCAACCGAGUGACUGGCCACCUGCCGAACCUGAAUGUUGGCAGCUUGCUUAUCUGAGAGUGACGGCGCAGGACGAACACGCUUUGU